GAAAAUCAGAACUAGAGCGGGAACAUUUGUGAAUGAAAGGAGAAUUAUGAAAACAAAAUAUACAAUCCUAAACAUUUCGCUGGUAAAGUGUUGUUCUACAUUAGGAAAUGGAUGCUUUUGAUUAGAGAUAGGGAUCUCUGAGCCUCAUAUAGAAACAAUCGACGGAACCGCUUGGUCUUAUUUUGAAACAGAAGCGGAAGUCGUCACCCGCGGAGUUACGGAGGUGUUACCGGCCGAGGGGAGAAGGUAGGAUCAAGAGGAGCGGAGAGGGCAAGUCAUGCGCGGGAGAGGAGGUACAACAAGAGCACCGAAGAGAGAGAACCAUUAGAAGAAAAAGAAAAGAGCGUUCUUUAAACACAACUGUCAGUCCAGCAGGCCCCGCCCUCUAAGGUGAGACGACAGGAUGGAUGGAAGCGGAGCUGCAGGAAAUCCCAGUGCUGCCUCGUCUAGCUCACUUCCUGGCCCUGCUGAUGAGGGGGUUCUGCCUCCAACCUCCAGCGCGGAGGAGGGAGACGCUCAGUGCAGAGAGUCCGUCGUUCUGUCUCCAGCAGAGAAACCAGACCUUCCAGACCAUCAACACAGCAUCACAGCAGAACCAAAACCACCUUUUGAAGAUCAGCCGAGUCCUCAACACACCUGUCUGGGUCAACCUGAGCAAGCAAAGCCAGAUCUUCCUCCUGCACAGCAAGAACUGCCAGACUGUCUCCUGAUAGAAGAUCCGUCUUCAUUAGAACAGAUUUCAGACUAUUCACUUUGUACAGACCAGAAGAAUCCGGAGGGUCUUCCUGGACCAGAGCACGACAAGGAACUGAAUCAAGCUGUGGAACCCCUAAACCAGAAGCAUCUGGGUCUCACAGACCAAAUUUCUGUGAAGGAGCAGCUUCCCGGUUCCUUUGUGGAGGUACGUGACGAGGAGAGGAAACCCAUCCUGGAGAGCACCCCAGACUGUAACCCCACCACCACCCUGGCUCCUCCAGCCCCGCCUCUCACCAUCGAGGCGUUCUGUGACCAGGUGGGACCUCGUCCACCUGCCGCUCCUUCAGGUGAGCCCAAACUAUGUGGCUACCUGCAGAAGCAGGGGGGCCCGCUGAAGUCCUGGAAGCAGCGCUGGUUCACCUACGAAGAGAAGAAGAACCAGCUGUUCUACUACCGCACGGCACAGGACGUGAUGCCGCUCGGCCAGGUGGAGCUCAGCGGGGCCACCUUCACGUACCCACUGAAGGCAGAAACCGGCACCUUUCACAUCCAGACACCUGAACGCACCUUCAUUCUGAAGGCCGUGACCCAGGAGCUCAUGUAUUACUGGCUGCAGCAGCUGCAGGCAAAGCGCUGGCAGCACAGGCAGACCGCCACCUGCGCAGACACAACAAACAACAACAACACAACUGCAGAGGACUUCCUGCCCACAUUGAAGGGGCCUCUGGGUCUGGUCGGGGAGGAGGCGGCCAACACUCAGACACAGCGGACGCCCCUCACCAACAUGUCACUCAAACACCCUCUGAUUGAGAUCCAAAACUCGGUCCACUCUUUAAGAAAGAGAUCGUCUCAGGAGGGGGGGAGUCAGAGCAUUUUCCAUGUCAGCGCUUCAGCGUGGACUCAGCCCAGUUCUGCAGACAGCAGCAACACUGCAGACGCUCCUGAUGAGCCUUCUAUUCAUCCUCCUCGUCCUCCUCCUCCUCCACCUCCCGUUCCUGUACCAGCUGAUUCAGCAGGUCAGGAGUCUCCUGCUCCUGGAAGAGCAUCCCCAUCACUGUUGGACAGAAGAGCCAGGAGGACAAAGACUUGCAGCUCGUCCACCAUGCCAAUUCGGCGCAGAGACACUGUGUCCCCAUCCUCAGAGCGGUCGUCCCGCCUGCAGCAGGAGAAGCAGAUGCUGAUGGAGGAGGUCAAAGCUCAGAAGGAGCUGGUCUGGAUCCUCCACAAAGCCCUGGAGGCAUCUCAACUAGAGAAACGAGCAUGUGUGGAGUUUUUGGCGGUGGACGACGAGCAGGAGCGCCUGGAGCUGCUGCGACACCGUGAGCGGCACGCGGCCGACCUGCAGAGACGGCUGGAGGAGGCCAACAUGGAGGCCGAGGUUCUGAGGAAGAGCCUGGCUGAGAGAGACGUGCAGCUGGCUGAGCUGCAGUACAGAAUCAAGAUCCUUACAGAGAAGAACCAGGCCAAGCAUCAGGUGAUUGUGAAGCUGUCUGAUCAGGUGACCUCCUGCCUGUCUGACUGCCGACACAAAGACCCUUCAUCUUCUGAACCUCCAACUUUGAGGGAGCUUCUGCAGAAGAUAGAGAAUCUGAAGGAUGACAUUGAGGCUUACAAGACUCAGAACAAAUUUCUGAACUCAGAAAUCCACCAGUUGACCAAACUGUGGAGGAAGAGCUCCGAGCAGGAGAAGAGCCUGAUGGUGAAGUGUGCCUACUUGGAGGCCACGAACUGUCAGGUUGAAAGUCGUUACUUGGGUGUUCUGCGGAAACUGCAGGAGACCAAAUCUUUGGACCCAGACCAGCGGGAGGCCGUGCAGAAAAUGAUUGAGGACGCUCUCACAGGAGAACUGCACAGUGUCAUCAAGCUCAGCGUGGACAGAGAUCAUGAUGCUUAUGGCUUUAAGAUCAUCCCAGACUAUGAAGUGGAAGACAUGAAGCUGCUGGCAAAGAUCCAGGCUCUGGAAAUCCGUUCACACAACCUACUGAACCAGGAGGGGGCGGAGCACCCCCUGCUGAGCCGCUGGGCGCACUUCCUGGCUGGCAGGUCACAAGACGACCUGUGCCCCUCGCCUGAACUCAAAACUCUGCUGCGCGGCGGCGUCCCCCGGGAGUAUCGACCGAGGGUGUGGCGCUGGAUGGUCCGAGCCAGAACCAGAACGAUCUGGGAGCACCACCCACAGCUCUACGAGCAGCUGUGUGAGAAGAGUAGAACAUUCCCUCAUCCCGCCACCCGGCAGAUCCAACUAGACCUUCACCGCACCUUAACGACUAAUCAGCACUUUUCGUCACCAUCAAGCCCCGCCCUCCAGGAGCUCCGCCGCAUUCUGCUGUCAUUCUCUUGGCACAACCCAAUGGUGGGGUACUGCCAGGGCCUCAACAGGUUGGCGGCCAUUGCUCUGCUCGUCCUGCAGGACGAAGAGGACGCCUUCUGGUGUCUGGUAGCUGUGGUUGAAACCAUCAUGCCUCAAGAUUACUACACCAAAAACCUGAUGGCCUCUCAGGCAGAUCAGAGGGUCCUGAAGGACUUCCUGGCGGAGAAGCUUCCACGGCUGGCGGCGCACUUUGACAAACACAACAUAGACGUCACCCUCAUAACCUUCAACUGGUUCUUGGUGGCUUUUGUGGAAAGUCUGCCGAGUGACAUCCUGCUGCCGCUGUGGGACGCUUUUCUCUAUGAGGGCACGAAGGUGAUCUUCAGGUACGCUCUGGCUCUUUUCAAAUACAAAGAGGACGACAUCCUGAAGAUAAACGAUGGAGUGGAGAUCUACCAGUACCUGCGCUUCUUCACUAAGACCAUCUCAGACAGCAGGAGACUGACCAGCAUUGCCUUUGGAGACAUGAACCCGUUCCCACGCCGCCUGCUGAGGAACCGGCGCACGCAGCAUGUGGAGCGGCUGCAGAAGGAGCUGCAUGAGCUGGAGGAGCUGCAGAAGGAGUUUGUGACAGAGAGAGCCGAGCACAAAGACAAGGAGCUGGACAUGGGGGCCAGUGAGGAUGACGAAGAGCUCUGACUCCAAAGGGGUUACCUGGGGGGUCGAGGGGGACCCAGUUCUUUGGUUUGAUCACACCAGCAACAAAGCAGCCAAUCAGAGGUUAUGAGUUUAUUCACUACAAGACUGCAUGUAAAAGAUUGAAUUCCUUUUGCAGAACUUCCUCAAAAUCACCAUCCUGCUUAUUUUUUAAACUCUACCUGCUGUAAUUACUCCUGAUUGACUGAAGUGGAUCCAGAUUCUGAUUGGCUGAACUUACCUGAUCCAGGCAGUCAGGAGCUAGUAGAGCUGGACGAUGGAGAUGACAGCUGAGCAGAGUAACCUGCUCCUGAUGUGUCAUUUCUGUCAUGUAGGCUCAGUAUGAUGAUGAUUCUAAACGUAAUUCUGUCACUGAAACACAUUACCACCCAAACAUUUCUGUCCGGUCCAUUUAAAAAUCAUCUAGCUUCACCCUGUGUCUACAUUUUGUCAUUUCUUUUCCAGAAAGACAAAAGCUCUUAAUAUUUGCAUCGUAAUCCAUCAGUUUCUCAUUUUCUGUUUGAAGAAUUUAGGAAGAUGUGACACUUAUUUCAUUGUGAAAGAGCUCUGAUGUGUUUAGACGCACAAUGUUUUGUAUAUUUUGUCAAAUACUUGCCUCAGAUUGUGUACAUAAAUAUUUUGCAUACAA